GUGUUGCUAAGCGCUCACCCAUUCAAGUACUAACCCAACGAAAAGUUGCUUAGCUAGGAUUGGCUUGGGUUUCCGCCGGAGCAACACCUUAGUCACCCAACCAUUACUCUCGGUUAUAAGAGCUAUAAUUUUUUUUCACCUUUAGAUAAUAUUACGAAAUAACAAAAGUGGCAGAAUGACUUCUUAUGGAGCAAUUUUCUUUAAUCCCUCGUUAUUCUUUAUAAAUGAACGGCCCAUGAAGUUUUAUUUGGAUGGUUACGCUAAUCACGAGAUUAAUGAAAUCGCUAAGAUAAUAGAAGCAUUUGGUGGAAAAUUGUCAGCACCUGACGUAAACACAAUCAUUUUUUCGGAGCCUGGACGUCCCAUCACAACAGAGUAUUCUCGAUAUCAUAUUCAGUGUUUACACGACAGUAUGGUGGCCAGAAAAUUUCAAGACCUGGAACAGUACAGGAUUCCUGUUAUUAAAGAAGAAUUAAUGGAUCCAUCGGAUCACGAGGCUUCACAUCCCGCUGGCACAUGCGUUGCUGUUGUGAACCCAAAUAUUAACCUUUUAAAACCAUGGAAAAUUGUAUCUGUAUCGUCUUACGCCGAAAUGGCGAAGGAGAAAAACACUCGAGAAUUCAUACAAAGUAUGUCAGAUUGGCACUUGCACUCGUCGAUUACUAACACUGCCUCAGAAUCGGCUGUGUUCAAUAACAACGAAGGAGAGAAUAGGGAAUUCACAAGCUACAGUACGAAGAGACUAACAUUUUCCUCGUCCCCGAGAGGAAAUUGUAUGGAAGAAAUUGAGAGUAAACCAUCUAAGAGAAAGAGAGACGUUAAUAAUUAUUUUUCUGAUUGUUCCAGCGAGGAGAAUCACUUGCCAACUAAGAAGAGACGAUCCACUUGUGGAAAGUACGUCAACAUGGAGGUAGAAGGGAUUCUACAAUAAUAGUGGAAUAGUGAAAAAUGGGUGAAAUGAUACGAGAAGAGUGGGAGAUUGAGUUGAUGCAUUAUUUUAUUACUAAAAACUCCUUUAUAUUUAUCAUUUAACUGUUCACCUUCAUACCUCUUGUAAUCACAAUCACACGACACGUAAUUAGGGUUUUUCUCAGAUAAAUAAAACUGGACU